AAUUCCUUGGGGCUCAAGGCCAGUAACAUGCACUUUUCUUCCUGUCAACACCUGAACGCGUCUUUACCUUCAUCGUCAACAUUCUUUUCUUAUCAUCACUCAUAGAGACUGUAUUUCUUUCGUUUGUGUCUCCUUUGGGCUUCAUCCCGUUGCGUCGUCUCCCCGGUCAACGCCUCAACCGUGGACCCUGCGCCACAUUUUCCUCCCUAGGUUGCCUAUCCUCACCAGUGCCGUACAACGCACAGGUGGUCCUAUAACAAGGAUACUAACGUUCCAACCUUCUUUCUGACCUUCCUCAAUGCACCGUCACCAAGGUCAAAGAUAGAGAGCCCGCCUGUGGAACCAACAGGCCGGUCCGACUUGAUCAAGAUGGACACAUCGCUAAUCGUGACCUCACGACCCAACCUUCCAGCAGGGCUUCACGCCGCCACGAGAGAGCAGCAUCAUGCCCUCAACACAUCGAUCACAGCGCGCUUACCGUUAUGUCUGCCACCUUGUGUCGACAGCCCGCGUCUCUACACUCUGGGCAUGAUGGUGUUUGGCCAGAUAUACUUCGCCUUUGAAGACUUUUUGGAAAAGUCACUGACAACCUCAACCGUACUUGACGCGCGACUGCGAGAGGUUUACCAACGAGUCAAAUUUCGCGAACUCACCCGAACCAGUCGGCUACGGGACGACAUUGAGUUGUUGCAAUCGCGACUGGAUGCUACCGCGGUGGCAGAUCUCAAUCAGCUUUCUGAGCAAGCCCAACGAGUCUUUGCGUCUCGAAUUACAUCUUCUUUGGCAGCAAGACCACACGCUCUGCUGGCGUAUGCCUGGGCAAUGUAUCUCGCUCUCUUCAACGGCGGAAGGUGGAUCCGGCGACAACUCGUAUCAGCAGGGACUGAUUUUUGGGGCCCCGGUGAACUGCCGUUGUCAUUCUGGGUAUUCGAGGUCGACGAUAGAGGAGACAUCCACCACGAGGCUCUGAAAAUGCGGUUCAAAACGGCAUUCGCAGAGGCGUCGGCACUCCUAACCGAUGUUGAGAGUUCAGAGGUGAUUGAUGAGUCAAAGAAUCUCUUUGUCACUUGCUCGCAGAUGGUGGAGUUCCUGGACAAGGCCGUGGCGGAAAGAGCAUCAUCUGAUGAAAGUCGCCUUGGUGCAUCGGACCCCCCUGAUUCGACUGCUGGUCUGGGGUAUCGAAGCCCAGCCUCAUCCUUUGUUACGGCAUGGGGCUACAUCACCUCCAGUCUUGCAUCGCUCAAAACGACAUCGAAGGUCGUCUGGGGUCCUCGAGUCGAGGUCAAUGACUGAGGCGAGAUGGGCGACCAGUCGAGAAUGUGCGGUGUUUGGCUGGCCCGUGCUAUCUUGCAGUUCCCAAACAAGGCAGAUCCUUCCCACAAGCAGUGCUUGCAAAGAUUGAUUCGAAGCCCGGAAAUGUCGCCAAGAGAUGUCCACCUCUCAACUCAGGGGCUGAUGUUGAAUUUCGACUGUGGUGCGCAUACUGCUACCUCGUGAUCUCUCUCAGGGUGACAUUUUGAGUUUUUACAGACGCGGAAGGAUGGGCUCGAUUCAAUCUGUCCUGGUGAGCUACGUUUGCUUCUAGCAGAGUCUAAGCCGAGCAGCCGAGCCCAAAUUCAAGUAUGCAUUUCGACACCGUCACGAAUGUUAGCGAACACGAGGACGGGAAUGGGGGAUCAAGGCUUUCUCUCAGAUGUUGUAUCCAGGUUGGUAUCCGUAUGUUCCGUGAACAGAGUGGAUGUUCUUUCUAUUCCUAUCAGCGCUCUCCUCUUGGACCAAGCGCCUACGGGGUAUUCAUUGAGGAAUUAGAAAAGACUAGAAAGUUUGGGCUAGACUCGUUGAUGGUUGGUGACCAAGACGCCGGAUACUUUGUGGUGGUGUUUUUGGGAUUAGCUCCUUCACUUUCUCACUACGGCCAUGGAGUACUUGUACUUAUUAGACCUAGAAUUAGUCUUCCACAUGGGAGUUAUGGACCAAGACGUGUGAACGGGGAAAGUGAAUACCUUAUCAAUCCAAGGUUCAGUACGAUCUGAUUCAUGAAACAAGUUACAGACCACCUACAGUACUCCCUACUUCUCGGGGGAGGUUCAGUGGGUGCCUACGGAGCAGCAUAACCGCCCGGUAUAGUCAAACUCUGCG